AUGUUACGUGUCUAUCUUACGGCGUUGUGCCUUGUAGGCCUCACACCCAUCUUCGCCGCUAGCAAGAAUGUUUUCGCGCAUUUCAUGGCUGCUAAUUCAGAGUCCUACAGCAUUGCUGACUGGGAGAACGAGAUCAACGCUGCUUCUGCUGUUGGUAUUCAAGGGUUCGUCUUGAAUACGGCGGGGAACUCCUACGAGCCGUCGCGGAUCGCAGAUGCCUACUCUGUAGCCGAGUCGAGGGGCUUCCCCCUCUUCUUCUCUUUCGACUUCGCCUUCAACUGGGACAUCGCAACCAUAGCAGCCCUCGUCUCCGCGCACGCCGCCAGCCCGAGCACCUUCAAAUGGAAUGGCAAGGUGUUGGUCUCCUCCUUCCGAGGCGAGGACAAGGGCGAUACCUUCUGGACGAAUCUCAAGUCAACGCUGGCGGCGCGGGGAAUCCAGAUUUCUCUGGCGCCUGCUUUCAUCUCGUUCCGCGACCCUGGUGCAGCGAGCACGUUGCUUACGCAGUUCCCUUCUAUUGAUGGGUUCAUGAAUUGGUGGUCGUGGCCUCAGGAUAAUGGGAACCUCCUUACGACGGAUACGGAUAAAGCGUAUCAAACCGCGAUCAAAUCGUCUCGGACUGGUCCAUUCAUCAUGUCCGUGUCCCCUUGGCAAUUCAAAAAUCUCGGCAGCGGAGGCGGGAACCUCGACAACGACUGGGUCGAACUCAGCGACACACUGUGGAAGUACCGCUGGGAGCAGGCGAUCACCGACGUCGUGCCGGACAUCGUGGAGAUCGUAACCUGGAACGACUACGCGGAGUCGCAGUACAUCGGCACGGUCAAUCCGAAUGUGUUCAUGGACGCGGAUGCGCACGCGUAUGUUGAUGGGAUGGAUCACACGGGCUGGCAGAUCGUCGCGAAGUAUUAUGUUUCGUGGUAUCUGGACAAUUUGCCACCUGUUGUUCAGAAAGAUCAAGUAGUAGUGUGGUACCGCCUGCAUCCCAAAGACGCGAAUUGUGCAAUACCAUCGAAGCCUCGUAACUCACAAUUCCCCGCAGAUGCCGUCUUCGGAUUUGCGCUCCUCACAAGCCCGGCUACCGUCACCAUGGACAUCGGGUUGAACAAUCAUCUCGAAUGGAAUGCACCAGCGGGCGUAUCGAUUGGCCAAGUCGCAUUUCCACAACAGGAUUCGCAGAUACCUUUUAUUCAGAUCAUCCGGAACAACAAUGUCGUGGUUUCUGGGUUCGGAUCUGCAUUCGUCACGAAAGAAUGCCAAACAUAUAAUUUCAACUCAUUCGUCGAUGUAGUGCCCAACGAAUGA